GAUCGCUCUUCUCCUGCACUCGCACACACCGGGGCACGCAGACUCAGACAAAGGGACUCAAAAUGCAGCGCGCAGAAGGUCCUACAUGGUUUGACAAGUGGAAGAUGGGGUUCAUUAUGGGUGGCUCCGCGGGGAUGUGUGUCGGUUUUCUCUACGGAACGAUGACGGUUCUAAGAGUCGGACCUGAUCCGGGCAGGGGAUACAUGUCGACAGUAGGCAAAUACAUGCUCCAGCACGGCGCCAUGCUCGGAUUCUUCCUCUCCAUCGGGGCGUUUCUGAGAAAUGAGGAACGGAAAGCCCUGGAGUACCCCUACCCCACCUCCUACACACCCUGGGGCAUCCGCCAGUCCCGAUUGCCGAUUGUUAUUGAGAGGCAGCCGGUGUUGACAUUCAGACGGGAGGCAGGCCUCGCCUGAGAGGGUGUGGUGGUGACUGUUAGGUGAUGGGCGUAGAGGAGUGCGUAGAUGAGAGGAAUAGGCGUAACGAGGGGCGUCAGAUGUUGAGUGCUGCAUUGUGUGCGGGGUUGUCAGGAUCCGGCCUUAGACUGCUAGUUUUCCUGUUUCACGAAUAGAUGUGGGGUUAUGUUUUCAUUAGUCGACAAGGUAGCAUUGCGACUGUCGACGAGGCAUUGCUUGCCGAAAAAUGCCGGUCAUGAACGCGAGUCCUACCAGAGCCGAGUGUCCUCACACACGACAUCAACCCAACCCUCCAGUGCGCAUGUGG